AUGUGUCAAGAUAGUGAAGAAACUAUCAAGAAAAAUAUUUUGAAAAGUAUGGGAAAGUCUUGGAAGGAAAUAAGGCUGAGGUUGUAUAAUGCUUUUUAUGACCCAACAUUCACGACUAAACAAAAUGUUGAGCACCGUCCGCCGGGAAUUAAUCGAGAGCAUUGGAGAUGGUUCCUUGACUAUCGCGCCAAGGCAGAGACGAAGUCAGAACAACAAGGGAGGAGAGUCGGUAGAGGAGAGUUAUGGAUCACAGUUCACAAAAAAGAUGGCUCAUAUAUCAAUGAUGAAGCAAGAGCAAUUGGUGUUUUUGGAAAAGAAAAACUGGGUAGAGUACGUGGUGUGGGUUUCGGUCCGACUCCUAGUCAACUCUUCGAUCCAAAUUCACAUGCGCCGGGCAAGGGAGUCCAAAUAGAGGAGACCCAGAGGAAGUUGCUUAAACUACAGGCAGAGCUGGAAGGUGAGAAGUUGAAGAGGAAGGUGAUGGAGGAUGAGGCAGCAGCAAAGAAGAAAAAGAGACAGGCGAUGUAG